UGCAGAAAAAACUUCAGGAAUGGCAACAUGGGUUACCAAUGUCGGUAAUGAAUACGAACAGGUGCUCAUGUCUGUUCUGACUGCAAGUGAGGGACACGGCCUUGGUGCGAUGAUAGCAGGGAUAGUGAAGCGCUACGCCUACAGUGAUGCCGGGGUGCCUCCCCAGCUCCUGUACGUGGAUCGUGACUGCUGUGGGGCAUCUCCACUGAGAAGAAUGCUCCGGGCCUGGCCAGAUCUACAGAUAAAGCUCGACAUUUGGGACUUCAUGCGCCGCAUGUCAUUGUACGCCAUGUUUAUGGGCCGCCUCAGCCACUCCAUCUUCAAGUGGGACCAAGAUUAUCUGGAUGCACUGAAGCGUGCAAAGCGGGCUGAGAUGGAGGCGCAGAACAUCAGUGCUCCAUCAGAUGCAGAUGUGAUGCGUCGGCUACACCGGAAGGAAUUGGCCCUGCACUGCAGGACAACGCGCGGUGCUGAGGAGACCAUCACACUGAUCUCGCAGCUGAUCGAAGCAAUGGACGGUGAGAGAGGCAGAGACACGCUGGGGGUGCCACUCAUCAACAGCGCCAGGAUGCACGAAAUUUUUACCAGCCAAAAGAAGCACUGUACCGUAGCCAGCGAUAUAUUCUUCCAGGCGUACCUGGUUGAUGGCCUGUUUAGAUGGAACAAGGACCGGCACGGCGCAGCAGUAGCCGCACAGACGACGAUGACAGAACCUCGCUCCUAUAGCGGCCUGCUACGCCACACCGCAAACACCUUGAGUGAAGAGGUGCUCGGAAAGCAGAUAAGCCCUUCGUACAGCAGGCCAAGAAAAUACACUGGGGAACUCAUCGGAGUGGAGUAUCUCUACCAGCAAACUGGUAAAGUUCUCCACGAGAAUACCGAUGCAGAGAUGGAGGAUGAGGCCGAUGAGCACGAGGAAGAGGAUGAGGGAUUCCAAGAUGUCGAGGAGUUUACGGAUUUCACCGUUCCGACACUGGAUACUACUCUUAUCCCACCUCUGCUCCCUACUCCACCAAGGGAGACCCGGCCGCUCCUCCACAUCCCGUCAGAUGCGGAAUAUGCCUGUCACGUGGUCAUGCCUGAGCAAGAGCAUGCCGUGGAGCAGACUCCGGAGAAGCAGCCACCAGAGGGUACUCCUGACCGGGAUGAUUCAGUUGGACCAGACAACAUCCCCGGCUAUGACCAUGUACAGAACUUGGCCGAGUACUUGGCUGGCCUGCAUCGGAGUGUCGCCCUGACCAUGGACCAGGCCACCGACCUGAUUAGACUGUGGCAUGCGUUGAGCCCGUACGACAGGCAGGCAACUGUCUUCUCACCACGCCACAGGUCUAGCCAGACCAAGGGCAAUUUCAGGGCCACGAAGAGGAUCGUUGCACCAGGAGUAGAGAGCACGAAACGGUGUAUUUUGGGCCCUAACGCUGGUCCAGCGCAGUGGCCUGACUGCAACCGCUACGUGGAGGCCACCAUCAGCAGGUUGUGUGAGGGUUUUCCUCACUCCAGGCGCAUGGAAGGUGGCACCAACUGGACACGCUGGGCAAUGGUCACUCGUGCCUAUGGCCACAUCAGGCAGUGUGUCCUGGGCAAUCGCCAAGUGAUGAGGGAGACAAAGCUCCAACUGCCUCAGAUCAACAAGGCCACAUUGCUGCAUUGGUACAACCAGCGUGGGAAGAGUCAGGAAAGGGACGUCCUGCAGCAAGGAAUUCACUUCAUGCCGUCAGAGACAACCGUGCGCAGUCUGCCAGCUCCGCUCGCCAAGCCUGCGAGCCUGCCGUCGGGCAGCACUGACGAUGCCGCUCGUCAUCACUUCCCGUCUCCAGUCAAUACGGCUGGAACGGCAAGACUGAAACGGAGAGGCACGUCGGGGAAACGGAUAGGCACGUCGGUGGUCGCCGUCGUAGUCGUGGAGGCAGAGGUCGUGGAGGCAGAGGCAGAGGCAAAGAGCUGCCCAGCCUGGACCCUGCUACUGUCGUCGAGGAUGCUACAUGCUCUUCAUCCUCAUCCCCUCAGGGCUCCCCUACUCACUCACUCACGCUCUGUGUCAUUAGACAGUCAUGCAUCGCAGGCAUUGCAGGCAUCGACUGUGGCCAAGAGCAAGAAGAAGGACAAGAAGGACAACAAGCUGUCCGAUGAGGAGGGGUUGAUGGUCGCCUGCUUGGAGGCAAACGAAAUGCUGUGGAACUAG